GGCGGGGUCACCUGAAAGGCUUGGCACAGGAACCCACAGAAAUUCUUUCUUCGCCUCGAUUCCCUCCCAACUUUUCUUUCUCUUGGGAAAGCCCAUAACUUUCCCCGGCCCAAGUCCUUCCACCAAGAACUGCGGUCUGUUUCGUUCAGUCAACCCUCCUACACCCUUCUCGCUUUCUCGAGAAGACCGACUUUUCACCAUGCCCAUUUCCAACGGCGACGCCAUGACCAACACCGCCGCCGACGCCCUCGACUACUCCAAGGCGCUGGACGUGCUCAAGAACGAGUACUCGGAGCGCGAUGGAAUCGACAUCCAGACGCUCAUUGACUCGAAGAAGAACGGCGGCCUGACCUACAAUGACUUCCUCAUGCUCCCUGGCUACAUUGGCUUCCCCGCCGCUGAAGUCACCCUCGAUACCCCCAUCACGAAGCGCAUUACCCUCAAGACUCCCUUCGUCUCCUCGCCCAUGGACACCGUCACCGAGCACAACAUGGCGAUUCACAUCGCCCUUCUUGGUGGCCUCGGUGUAAUUCACCACAACUGCUCCCAAGACGACCAGGCCGAGAUGGUGCGCAAGGUCAAGCGCUUCGAGAAUGGCUUCAUCCUGGAUCCCGUCGUCAUUUCGCCCACAACCACGGUUGGCCAAGCAAAGGCGCUCAAGGCCCAGUGGGGAUUUGGCGGCUUUCCCGUCACAGAGAAUGGCACUCUCCGCUCCAAGCUCGUCGGCAUCAUCACUCCUCGUGACAUUCAGUUCCACGACAAGCUAGAGGACCCGGUCACGGCCGUCAUGUCCACAGAUCUCGUCACUGCCCGCCACGGCGUAGAGCUCAAGGAGGCCAACGACAUUCUCAACAAAUCGAAGAAGGGCAAGCUCCCAAUCGUCGAUGAGAACUUCAAUCUGAUUGCGCUCCUGUCCCGAUCUGAUUUGAUGAAGAACCUAAACUUCCCGCUUGCCUCCAAGCUCCCUCAUUCCAAGCAAUUGAUUGCUGCCGCUGCCAUUGGUACUCGGCCAGAGGACAAGAUUCGUCUGCAGAAGCUCGUAGAUGCCGGUCUUGACAUUGUCGUCCUUGACAGCAGCCAGGGCAACAGCAUGUACCAGGUGGAGAUGAUCAAGUACAUCAAGGAGAAGUACCCCGAGAUUGAUGUGAUUGGCGGAAACGUCGUCACUCGAGAGCAGGCUGCCGCGCUCAUCGCCGCUGGUGCGGAUGGCCUCCGAAUUGGUAUGGGCAGCGGAAGCGCCUGCAUCACCCAGGAAGUCAUGGCUGUCGGCAGGCCCCAGGCCACAUCCGUCUACAACGUCACCUCCUUUGCAAGGCGCUUCGGCGUUCCCUGCAUUGCGGAUGGCGGUAUCCAAAACGUAGGUCACAUUGUCAAGGGACUCGCCAUGGGUGCUUCCACCGUCAUGAUGGGUGGUCUCCUUGCCGGAACCACCGAGUCACCCGGAGAGUACUUUGUGAGCCGUGAUGGCCAGCUUGUCAAGGCUUACCGUGGCAUGGGCAGCAUCGCCGCCAUGGAGGACAAGAAGGCCGGAGCUGGUAGCGCCGACUCGAAGGCUAGCAACGCCGGAACUGCGCGCUACUUCUCUGAGGGUGAUCGUGUUUUGGUCGCUCAGGGUGUGUCUGGAUCCGUCCAGGACCGUGGCUCCAUCACCAAAUUCGUUCCUUACCUUAUGGCUGGUGUGCAGCACUCGCUGCAAGAUAUUGGCCUCAAGAGCAUCACAGACCUUAGCGAGGGCGUUGCCAACGGCACCGUCAGAUUUGAGCUGAGAACCGCCAGUGCUCAGGCUGAGGGUAACGUCCACGGACUGCACAGCUUCGACAAGAAGCUGUAUUCAUAGAUUCUGCAGAGAACCGGUUAGGUGUGCAUUGGGAGGGCGUUCAAAGAGUGGUCAGCUGGGUUGCUGUUUCUUUUUCGGUAGACACGUGAAGAUGAUUUGAUGGGUACAUUACGGAGCAAUGGAUAGGCUUAAAAGCAAUGAUACCACG